AUGAUAACAUCGACAACUCCCCGCACUGUCGCCGUACUGGGCGCAACGGGUAACCAAGGGAGCGGAGUUGUCCGCGGCUUAUUACACAAAAACCCGCAUCACCCAGCCCCCUUCAGCGUCCGUGCCGUGACACGCGAUCCUAGCUCCCCCCAAGCAGAACGACUCCGUGCCCUCUAUCCAGAAGAAGAAGCCGCCGGCCGACUCGAGCUCGUGUCUGGUGAUGUCUAUGACGUCACAAGCCUAGAGCAUGCCUUCGACGGGGUCUGGGGCGUGUUCGCUGUCACGAAUAAUCGCCUUCCCGGGCAAAUGAUUGAAACCGAAGAGGACCUCAAGCAUGAACUGGUAGCGGGAAAAAAUAUCGUGGCCGCCGCCAAGACAUCCCAAGUGCAUCAUUUCGUCAUCAGCAGUCUACCCAAUCUUGCGGAGGCGAGUAAGGGGAGAUUCCAGAAGGUGUACCAUUUCGACCAUAAAUAUCAGAUCGAACAACUUGCAAAGAGCGAGUUGGCCGCUGUGACGGUUUUACGGCCCGGGUUGUUCUAUACGAAUAUGCAGUGGGUGCAGUACUGCCGACGAAAUGGAGACGGGGUCGUCCGUUUUUGUCCACCGGUUCCCGGGAAUAAAGCCGCAGACUGGACAGAUCCAAGCUAUGAUAUCGAAGUCUUCUCUCUGGGACCCGAGAGGACCGCAUCAAAAGUCUAUCCCGUGGUCGGCCCUAGGAUCCGGUUCGCCGAUCUCCCAGCCAUGUUCUCGACCAUGCGAUCUCAACCGGCAAUCUUCGAUCCCAUCACUCUGGAUGAGUGGGGCGCCACAGUUGCAAGGACGGUUGGCAAGGGGUAUGAAGAGGACAUCAGGCAGAUGAUGGAAUGGAUUGCCGUUGCGCCGGAUGAGAAGAUUUGCUAUGGGACCAUGGACCCCCAGGAGGAUUGCUCCUGGGCGGAUCUUGGAGUACGGGCCAGUGCGUUUGAGGAGUGGUUGGGGAGGUCAGGAUGGCAGGGGCCCUGA